AUGUGUUUAUUUAUCAUGUCAAGAGGCAACCGCAUGCCCCAGCCGGAGGGUGUGGACAGUUGGGAAAAAGCGCAGAGUUUUGACGUCAUGAGUUUUUCAUACCGAGUAAUGGCUGGUAAAUGUUUUUUGAAACGUGGUGUAUGUGUUAGGGGAGAGGGCAUCGACUAA